AUUAUUUCUUUAAAUCUCUCUAUAGAGAAUUGGAGAUAUGCAGCAGCAUGAGAUUAUCUUAAUUGCUACCUAGAAAUUCAUUGAGUAAAAUCCAGUAUCCUUUGAGACUUCUGCUUCUUGCUAAGGCAGACUAGCUGUAUUAGACCACCCUGCUCCCAAGAACUAAAAAAGCUAAGUAGAACAUUAAAAGCAACUAUUUGAAGGCAUUGGAGGCUACCAGGGCAUUCAGGACUUCGAGGGGCCAAGAUUUCCCCCCAAAGAAGGGAGAUCUGAAAAGGCAGAGUAAACAUUUGCUGCCAUAUGACCCCUGAGAGGCCAUUGCCAAGUCAAAAGCCAAGACUGAAAAGCUGAACAGAAAACUGAGGCUGAGAAGCUAAGUAGAGUGUUCCGUUCUGGGGGUAGGGGGGACAUGAAAGGGAUGUCAGGGAUGACAGAGAAGGAAGGACCCUGGUAACCAUCCCAGGCUUUUGGUUGGACCUCCCUGGCCCUACUCAACGGAGUUUUACCCUAGGACCAAUGAUGAACAUAAGCAUCUUCCUGAAAUCCACCCUUGCAAAACUGAAACUUAAUUUUGAAUUGGCUAAAAUGGAUUAAAGUGAUUCACCUCUGCUCCAAAGUACCUGUCAGGAGCAGAAGUAAAUGCUCUCUACAGGAAGAAGAUCAUAUCAUCUGGUCUCAGAUAUCUUCACGAUUUUUCCAUGCAGUAACUAACAUUCAGUCGAAAACUAGGCAUGUAAAAAGACUGACAGUCAAGGGGAAAGGCAGGCAACAAGGACACCCACGGAAGAUCUAGCUUUUGGGAUUAUCAGACUUGGACUUUAAGAUAACAUUGAUUAACAUGCUCAAAAAGUCUGAUGACAAAUGGAGUUUCAGGAGAAACCUGGAAACUGUGGGAAAAUAUCGGAAUUGAAAAGUACAGUAACAGAAGGGUUUCAUAGCAGAUUAACUGCAGCUGAAAAGAGCAUUUGUGACCUGGAAGACGGAUUAGAAGAAAAUAUCCACGCUAAAGCACGGACACAAAAGGAUAAAAAAAGGAAAAGAAAAAUCACAUAAGAGACAAAUGGGACACUACUCAAAGUCUAAAAUACUUAUAUUUGGUGUCUUGAAAGGAAAAAGAAUAGGUCAGAAGUAAUAUUUAAAGAAAUAAUGGCUGAGAAUCUUCCAAAACUGAUGAAAGUUAUCAGGCCAUAGAUUUUGGAGUCACUGUGGACCUAACCAAUGUUUUUUUUUGUUUGUUUGUUUUAAAGAAAGGAGGGAAGAGAUGGAGGGAGGAAGGAAGAAAGAAGGAAACGGAGGAAAGGAAAAAUUGCUAAAAAACCAAAGGCAGUCUUAAAAUUAGCCAUACGAGGCAAAAGAUGCAUUACCUUCAAAGGAGUAAUUAAUGAUUGACUUUGCAGAAGAAAUGGAAACAGGAAGACAAUGGAAUGAUGUCUUCAAAGUGUUGCAAGAAAAUAACUGCCAACCUGGAAAUUUAUAUCAAGCAAAAAUGAAGUAGAAUAUAGACCUUUCAGAUAGACAAAUAACGUGUGAGAAUGCAUCACCAGAAGAUCCACACUGAAGGAACUAUAAAGAGAGUUCUUCAGGUAGAUGGAAAAUUACCCCAGAUUGAAGCAUAGAGAUUCAGGAAAGAAUCAAGAGCAUUGGAAAAGGGAGAAAGAACAAGAAACACAAAAAGAGGAACGUUUGAUGGAAGAAAAGAAAAAGAAAAAGCAGGAAGAAAAGAAAAAGAAGGAAGGUGCUCAGAAAAAGGCUGCUGAUCAAAAAACCAAAGUGCCAGAACCUACUAAGACCUGUUCAAGCCAGCCCCCACCUGCCGGGACCAGUACCAGUACUUCCACCAGCACUGUCGCCAGCAGCAGCAAUGGCAAACGCGCGUCUGCCAGCGGCCAGCAGCCGGCUGCGUCCCGCUACCUGCCCCGCGAGGUGCCUCCACGCUUCCGCCAGCAAGAACAGAAGCAGCUGUUAAAGAGAGGUCAGCCGCUGCCCGCCGGGGCUCUGACCAGCGUGAGCCCGACCCAGGGUGCUGGGCCUGCAGGGCCGAGCCCCCCUCCCCUGCCGGGAGCCGGAGCACAGCAGCCCCCCAGCAAGCCCCACCCAGAUCUCAGUCACAGUGGACUGGCAGAUCAUUAUGAAAGUUCCCACUGGGGACAGCAGCCCACUUACAGAGGUGAAGCCACCUGCAGCUGGGAUAAAGUGAUAAUAGACAGGACGGAUAAGGAGGCGUGGCCUUCCAUCACAGGGGCAGAGACUGAGUCUGCCUCAGAAUGUACGUCGGACACUGACUCUGCCUCCCACUGCGGCUCAGAGAGCAGUAGCAUGGCUACCGGGGGCGCGCAGGGCAGCUUCGCCGGCCACAGCAAGAAGGCCAGCGGCAGCACUGGCACCAACGGCGCGCUCGUCCAGAGCCCCCCCGCCCAGAGUGCCCUCGGAGCCGGGGGAGCCGGCAGCGGCAGCGCGGCCCGAGCGUGGGGCGUGGCCCACUGCUCCCUCGGUGGCGGGGAUGGGAAAAUGGACACCAUGAUCGGAGACGGGAGAGGUCAGACCUGCUGGGGUGCCUCCAACUCCAAUGCUGGCAUUAAUCUCAACCUUAACCCCAACGCCAACCCAGCUGCCUGGCCUGUACUCGGGCAUGAAGGAACUGUGGCAACGGGCAGCCCUUCCAGUAUUUGCAGUCCGGUCAGUGCCAUCGGUCAGAACAUGGGCAACCAGAAUGGGAGCCCCGCAGGCACUUUGGGUGCUUGGGGGAACUUGCUGCCGCAAGAGAGCACAGAACCACAAACGUCCACUUCUCAGAAUGUGUCUUUCAGCGUACAACCUCAGAACCUUAACACUGAUGGACCAAGUAACACUAACCCCGUGAACCCUUCACCAAACCCUGUCAGUGCAGUGCAGACGAACGGACUGCCGAACUGGGGCAUGGCUGUCGGUGUGGGGACCAUCAUCCCGCCCCACCUGCAAGGCCUUCCUGGUGCUAACGGAUCAUCAGUCUCUCAAGUCAGCGGGGGUGGUGGUGGCGAAGGAGUCAGCAGCUCCGUGUGGGGACUGUCCCCCAGUAACCCUGCCACAGGAAAUAGCAGCUCUGGGUUCAGCCAGGGGAGUGGAGACACUGUGAACUCAGCAUUAAGUGCUAAGCAGAACGGAUCCAGCAGUGCUGGGCAGAAAGAAGGAAAUGGAGGGAACGCCUGGGAUUCGGGGCCUCCUGCCGGCCCUGGGAUCCUCACCUGGGGAAGGGGCAGUGGCAGCAGCGGUGUUGGUAACAUCCAUUCGGGAGCUUGGGGCCACCCUGGCCGAAGCACCUCGAAUGGGGUGAACGGGGAGUGGGGAAAGCCCCCAAACCAGCAUUCCAACAGCGACAUCAGCGGGAAAGGAUCAACAGGGUGGGACAGUCCGAGCGCGGGCGGCCAGAACCCUGCCACACAGCCCGGCAGCGAGCACGCGAGCUCAUGGGCCAAAGCUGCGUCUUCCGGAACCACAGCGAGUGAAGGCGGCAGCGAUGGUUCAGGCGGUCACAACGAAGGAGGUGCCGGGAGGGAAGGAGCCGAAGGCCGACGGCGAGACAAAGGGAGUGUAGACCAAGGGCACAUCCAACUGCCAAGGAGCGACCUCGACCCCAGAGUCCUGUCCAAUACUGGCUGGGGACAGACUCCAGUAAAGCAGAACACUGCCUGGGAAUUUGAAGACUCCCCUCGGUCUGAGAGAAAGAGUGACAAUGGGACAGAGGCCUGGGGCUGUGCAGCCACUCAGCCGUCACACUCAGGGGGGAGGGGCGAUGGGCCCAUCACGGACAGUGCAAAUACCUCUUCAGUGUCUGGGUGGGUCAGCUCACCACCGGCCGCUGGGCCAGCAAGCACAGGCUGGGGAGACGGCAGCAACAAAGCGCCAAACGGCCCAGGGGUCUGGGGGGAUGCGGUAAGCUCUACUGCUGUUAGUAAUGCUGCUGCUGCCAAGAGCGGCCACGCUUGGAGCGGGACCGUGAAUCAGGAGGACAAGUCGCCCACCUGGGGCGAGCCUCCAAAAUCCAGAUCUCAGAACUGGGGAGAUGGACACAAAUCGAACCCAGCCUGGAGCGCAGGAGGGGGAGAUUGGGCCGAUUCGUCUUCUGUCCUUGGACACUUGGGGGAUGGGAAGAAAAAUGGCCCCGGCUGGGAUGCUGACAGUAAUCGAUCAGGGUCAGGUUGGAAUGAGGUUCCCAGGUCGGGGACCAGCGGCUGGGGCAAUGGCACAAAUGCGAAGGUGAAUCCAGGGACGAGCUGGGGAGAGUCUUUAAAGCCCAGCCCCCAACAGAACUGGGCGAGCAAACCCCAAGACAGCAACGCGAGUAACUGGGGAGGAGCUGCUUCCGUUAAACAGACAGGAACAGGGUGGAUCGGGGGGCCGGUCCCUGUCAAGCAGAAGGACAACAGUGAGGCCACAGGCUGGGAGGAACCUUCUCCACCAUCCAUUCGACGCAAAAUGGAAAUUGAUGACGGUACCUCAGCUUGGGGCGACCCAAGCAACUACAACAAUAAAACUGUAAACAUGUGGGACAGAAACAACCCGGGCAUCCAGAGCAGUGCCACGGCCAGUACCAACACCACCACCACCACCACCACCACGAGCAAUGGCGCCAACGUGGCCGAGGCGCCGCCGGCCCACCAGGCCAGCGCUCAGCUCAACCGAUCGCCGCUGCUCGGUCCAGUUUCAUCAGGCUGGGGAGAAAUGCCUAAUGUUCAUUCAAAGGCAGAAAACUCUUGGGGAGAACCAUCCUCCCCUUCCACCCUGGUUGAUAAUGGCACAGCGGCCUGGGGCAAGCCGCCCAGCAGCGGCAGCGGCUGGGGGGACCAGCCCACCGAGCCAGCAGUGACGUUUGGAAGAGCCAGCGCCCCCGCUGCCGCCCCAGCCCUGUGCAAACCAGCUUCAAAAUCUAUGCAAGAAGGCUGGGGCGGCGGCGGGGAUGACACGAGCCUGGGCGCCAGCCAGUGGGAAGACGAGGACGGCGGCAUGUGGAACAGCGCUGCUUCCCAAGAGAGCGCCUCCUCCUGCAGCCCCUGGGGGAACGCCCCCAAAAAGGGGCUCCUGAAGGGCAUGAAAACAUCUGGCAAACAGGAUGAGGCGUGGAUCAUGACCCGGCUGAUCAAACAACUCACAGACAUGGGAUUCCCGAGAGAGCCGGCUGAAGAGGCCUUGAAGAGCAGCAACAUGAACCUCGACCAGGCCAUGAGCGCUCUGCUGGAAAAGAAGGUGGACGUGGACAAGCGUGGACUGGGAGUGACCGACUACAAUGGGAUGGUCACCAAACCCCUUGGCUGCCGCCCGCCAAUCUCCAAAGAGUCUUCCGUGGACCGCCCCACCUUCCUGGACAAGCUCACGCUUUCUUUCCCCAAUCAGGAUGGCGGCCUCGUGGAAGAGCCCACGACUUCACCAUUUUUGCCUUCACCAAGCCUGAAGCUCCCCCUUUCCAACAGUGCACUCCCUAAUCAGGCCCUGGGCGGGAUUGCCUCAGGGCUGGGCAUGCAAAACUUGAAUUCUUCUAGACAGACCCCGAGUGGCAAUCUGGGCAUGUUUGGCAGCAGCGGAGCAGCACAAGCCAGGACCAUGCAGCCGCCGCCGCCGCCGCCCGUGCAGCCCCUGAGCUCCUCCCAGCCCAGUCUCCGCGCUCAAGUGCCUCAGUUUCUAUCCCCUCAGGUUCAAGCACAGCUUUUGCAGUUUGCAGCAAAAAACAUUGGUCUCAACCCUGCACUAUUAACCUCGCCAAUUAACCCUCAGCACAUGACGAUGUUGAACCAGCUCUACCAGCUGCAGCUGGCGUACCAACGUUUACAGAUCCAGCAGCAGAUGUUACAGGCCCAGCGUAACGUUUCCGGACCCAUGAGACAGCAGGAGCAGCAAGUUGCGCGCACAAUCACUAACCUGCAGCAGCAGAUCCAGCAGCACCAGCGCCAGCUGGCCCAGGCCCUGCUCGUGAAGCCGCCGCCGCCCCCGCCGCACCUGUCUCUGCACCCCUCUGCAGGCAAAUCGGCCCUGGACAGCUUCCCCCCGCACCCCCAGGCCCCCGGCCUCCCCGACCUGCAGACCAAAGAACAGCAGUCUUCACCCAACACCUUUGCUCCUUACCCUCUCGCUGGACUGAACCCAAACAUGAAUGUCAACAGCAUGGACAUGACUGGUGGUCUGUCGGUGAAGGACCCGUCUCAGUCCCAGUCCCGCCUCCCUCAGUGGACACACCCCAACCCGAUGGACAGCUUACCCGGUGCUGCUUCCCCACUCGACCAGAACCCCAGCAAGCAUGGUGCUAUCCCUGGAGGUCUCAGCAUUGGGCCUCCAGCUAAGUCCUCCAUCGACGACUCCUAUGGCCGGUACGAUUUAAUCCAGAGCAGUGAGUCACCAGCCAGCCCUCCUGUAGCUGUUCCCCAUAGCUGGUCACGUGCCAAAUCUGACAGUGAUAAAAUCUCAAAUGGCUCCAGCAUCAACUGGCCCCCAGAAUUCCAUCCUGGAGUUCCAUGGAAAGGACUUCAGAACAUAGAUCCCGAGAAUGACCCAGACGUCACUCCUGGAAGUGUCCCCACCGGGCCCACCAUCAACACCACCAUCCAGGAUGUCAACCGCUACCUCCUCAAGAGUGGAGGGUCCUCCCCACCAUCAUCUCAGAACGCCACGCUGCCUUCCUCGAGUGCCUGGCCGCUCGGUGCCUCCGGCCACAGCCGCGCUCUCAGCAGCAUUGCGCCCGCGCCUAGUAUCGCAGGUAAACUGUCAGACAUUAAAUCGACGUGGUCCUCCGGCCCUGCCUCCCACACGCAAGCCUCUCUGUCUCACGAACUGUGGAAAGUGCCCAGAAACACUACUGCACCCACAAGGCCGCCUCCAGGGCUCACCAACCCCAAGCCUUCCUCCACCUGGGGAGCCAGUCCCCUCGGCUGGACCAGCUCUUACUCCUCGGGGUCUGCCUGGAGCACCGACACCUCAGGAAGGACGAGCAGCUGGCUGGUUCUCCGCAACCUCACGCCCCAGAUCGACGGCUCCACCCUGCGGACGCUGUGUUUGCAGCACGGGCCUCUCAUCACAUUCCACCUGAACCUGACGCAGGGCAACGCCGUGGUCCGGUACAGCUCCAAGGAGGAAGCCGCCAAGGCCCAGAAGUCCCUGCACAUGUGUGUCCUGGGAAACACUACCAUCUUGGCCGAGUUCGCUGGCGAGGAAGAAGUGAACCGCUUCCUGGCCCAGGGCCAGGCGCUGCCGCCCACCUCCAGCUGGCAGUCCAGCAGCGGGGCCGGCCAGCCGCGGCUGGGCGCCUCGGGCAGCUCCCACAGCCUAGUGCGGAGCGACGCCGGCCACUGGAACCCCCCGUGCCUGGCCGGCAAAGGGAGCGGCGACCUGCUGUGGGGCGGGGUCCCCCAGUACUCAAGCAGCCUGUGGGGCCCCCCCAGCAGCGACGACGGCAGAGUCAUCGGAAGCCCCACCCCUCUGAACACGCUGCUCCCCGGCGACCUGCUCAGCGGGGAGUCCCUCUAGCCCCAGGACCCCGGGCACCCCCAUCAUCAGCACUGGGGGGGAGCUGACCCUUUCCAGUCCGGCGUCGCUGAGGACCCGCUUGCCCCGAGCAGCCCGGCAGCCCUUUCGAGUACCUCUGUCCAGUACUGCAGACGAACCUUGGCCGCAGCCCUUGCGAACUGUUCCCGAGACAGUGCGGGCUGCGCGGGGUCAGUGUCACGUGGAAUGACAGGAUGCUUCUCACAGCUUUUUAUUUUGUGUCGUCCUAUGUUUGUACGGUGUGUUGUCAUUUUGAUUUUUUAAGUAUAAAAGCUGCUUAGAAUAGUUCUAUCAUGAAGGGCACUUUUCAGAUUGUGGGCUGGAAAGGGUUAUUUUAUCAAGGGGGGAGGGCGGGAGGGAGACGAGAAAGCCUAUUUAAAACGAGCCUGUGACGAUUAUGCACAUUACCAGAGGCGGACCCCGUAAUCAGGGGGAGCUGGCGCCCACCCCUGGGUGCGGUCCCGGCGGCCCGGACCAGGAGCCGAGCGGAAGGAGCGGGCUGCGAUCUGUUCUCCGUUCCCACGGAGCCGCCUAUGCACAUUUCCCUUGUUUCAUUACUUUUUCAUGUCAUUUUUUUUUAAUCCCAAAAAAUAUUUUUUAAAAGUUAAAAAAAAAAAAGAGACAUAUCAAACAUGCAAAUACUUGAAUCCAGCAGGCCAAUAAUGAAAUGUGAACACUUUCUAAGUCUAAUUCUACACUUCCAGGUUGACAUCAGUACGCAGAAACAGGCUCUAGGAAAAAUUUCUAAGUUCACAGCCUAUGUGUGUGAGUGUGUGUGUGCGCGCGUGUGUGUGUGUUGAAACAGAAUGUGUGUGCACGUGCGUGUACGUGCACACUUUCUGUGUUCGUGUGUUAAGUGCGUGAAGGAUUUAACUGUGGGUUUUCCCUUUUUUCAGUAUGUGCGCUUUUUUUUUUUUUUGGCGCAUUGGUCAAACGUUUGUUAUUAUUAAUUAGCUUCUAACUUUGCACUGAGUGUCCCUGCCCUUCCUUUAGCUAAUCCUAUACAUUAAAGAAAAUUCAUAGGACAGGGCCGGUGACAAUUCAUGUGUAAAUGUUUACUCAAGGACUCUGUUAUUGCGUUUAAAAAUUACAGUGUAUAUCUCUGGAGAAAUAAUAUGUAUACCUACCUUUAGCAGCUUUUUAUUGUGGACUCAUGCAAGAAAAUUAUUACCAGAGUAUUGCACCAUUUUUCCAUUUGGAAUAUAAAGUUAAAGAGAAAAACUCUUGCUGAACUGUGGCCAUAGAUACUUGCUUGUAGAGGAUGGAUGGUUCCGCGGGAGGAGCGGAGACAAGCACUUGGACGUGGGUUGUGACUGCUUCGGAGGGGCCCGGGGUUAGGGCUCCCACCUGUUUACAGACCUUUUUUUUCUCCUUCAGACUUUAAAAAAAUUUUAAAAAGGAAUUAAAAAAAAAAAAAAGACUUCCGUCGUAAAGAAAACUAUUUUCAGAAUGCAGACCCGCUACUUCAGAGCUCUGGGAUUGAACAGUGUUGUUUCCCCUCGGCCAUCGUCAUGGACUCUGUCGACUGUCCCUUCUUCGAGGUGACGAGUUGUGGUCACUGUCUUGCACACGCGGGUGCGCUCUCAGGAAAGCCAGGGUUCCCGAGGGGCGGCUCCACACCAUUUCAUGUAUUUUGUAACCCAACUCCUAGCACUGAAGAUGUUAUUAAAAAACAAACAAAAAUAAAAAAGAAAGAAAAAAAAAGAAAAUAGAAAAAAAAAAAACACAAAGAAGAAAGAUACCUAAUCUCUAACGUGUAGCAGUUACGUAUGUACCAAAUAAUGGACUCAAAGGAGAUAGAUGUUCGAAGAGUGCUUUAUAUAUUAAAAAUCGCUUUAUGUUUUAAAAAUGAUCAAUGUUUUGAUUGUUUGGCAAGAAAGAAAGACAAUGGAGUAACAUACCCUCAAGUAUGUUUAAAAAAAAUAUAUGAACAUUGUGCUCCCUGCCUGCCUGAUCAGGAAACUUGUGCAUUACAUUUUUUUUAAUUAGCUUUUUAAUGGUUUUAUCAAAACAAAACAAAACAAAAAAACAUAAAAAACGAAAAAAAAACAAAAAAAAAAAGAAAAAGAAAGUUCCUGCAAAAUUGCAGAUCAACAAAAGCUGGUUUUAUAGAGGAUCACGAACUAUGCACAAACUGGUUCAAGACUUUUUCUCAAGUUCAGUAGUGUAUUUCGCUAAGAAGACCUUCCUCAGAGUAACUGCAUCUCAUUGCCAUUACACGCGCCCUGUGUGCUGGAUGCACACGCCCCCGUGCACCCGCAUCAGACACACGCGCGUGGCCCAGACGUACAGCUUCCCUGCUGCGUUAGCGUCGAGUCGUAGAGACCUCCUGACAUUUUUAAAUUGGGGAUGGAAGUAAAGAGUUUGUUUUGUUUGUUUUUGUUUUUUGUUGGGUUUUUUUUUUUUUGACCUUUUAUUUUGAAUUAAAGAUGUCUGUAACUCUGAGAUUAAAAAAAAAAAAACAAGUUUGUGGCUUUUAAUGUUUCUCCUCAUAGAAUGUGAUUGUCGAAGAACACGCACCGAAAGUUGCUUUCAAAAGUACAACGCUUUGUUGAAUCUCAAUAAACUGCAAUUUUUUUCUUGGC